AACGAAAUUACGACGAAAUUACGACUCCAAAAAUAAAAUGUUGUAUCAAAAAGCAACAGUGUUUCUAUUGAUAAUCCAGAUUCGUAUCUUGCAAGCACUUUCUCAUGCAGUUAAGCACUUGGAAUAAAUUUUUUCUACUCUAUGAUUUAAACGUUGUAAUAUUUCAAUUAAAAUUAUAAUUAUUGUAGAUUGAUGUGCGGGAUACAAAAGUGUUUGAGAUCGCAUUGGACGAUAUGAAUUAUGACGAGGAGAGCGAAAAUGAAAUGAUUCAAUCGGCCGAUCUUGCGGAUUUGAAACUCACGGAGGACGAGGACAGAUACAAACCGUUACAUUCCCAUGUAAAGUAUUACAACGAGCGUAAUGUUGAAAAUAAAAAACAGUUUUCGAAUGUACUCCCCUACUUGCAACCGUAUGCGGAAGAGAUAUUUAAUUUGGAGCGAGAAGACAAACCAUUUAUUGCUGGCUUCAAGCGUGAAUUAAACAAAGUAAGCAUCUCAUUCAUUUCAAAGUUUUUCAUAAAAUCUCUUGUAUUCAAUCUAUCUUUUAAAUUAGUAUUUCACCAAGUCCACGAAGCGGACUUUCCAGAAUCUGAAAAGAAAUAGUGCGACAAAUGCAGGUACUAAUUAAAAUGCACGCGACAAGUCCGCGUUGUGUCAUACGUUAAUAAAUAUUUGUACGAUAAAGGGAGAAAAAUACAAAGGACAUUCUUUUACCGGCAAAUACACAGAUGAAAAUGCAAAAAGAGUGAAAAGAGCAAAACGCGAUGAGAUAGAGGAUAGUUAUGAGACGACGUUGGGUGAGGAGAUGGAUUUUUUCAAAGUGAUAAGAGACAGGAAUGAGACAGUACACUUUGGGGAAGCGCAAACGACGCAUAUGCAAUAUGACACGUACGAAUACAGUGAAGAAACCACGAGUGAAGAUAUUCCGAAUUGGCCUUUGACCAAAAAAUCAACUCUCGUAGAUACCGAAAGUCCCUACGAAGAGCCGUACGAUUAUGAAAAGUUCAAGAUGGAAUACGAACAGCAGCUGGAUUACGACAUAAGGCAUGGAAAAGCAUUGAAUUAUACCGAAAAAGAAGACUUGGAAGACACGCCAAAAAAAACGUUGGAAAGAAUAAUAGACCUGAAACGACCCAAGAACUGUACGAAGGAAGAGUUGAGUCAGAUCGGAAUUAAAGCGAUAGAAUGCCUCAUAUACGAUUAUCGGCGUACGAAAGAUGUGGCGACUAUGAAGAAAGUCCUAUCGAGGACGUGGUUAGUUCUCAGAGUUUGGUUGUUGAUUUACUUUUGCCUAGCGAUUCCCUGCUGGUGUCAAAGAGGAUGGUGCUGCUGCUGUUUCCGUUGUAAAUUCUGCUUUCCGCGAGAGAGGAUUUUAUCUGCCAAACAAUAUUACACGAUGAAUCCACCUGGCAUUUUUGUCAAGGAUUUGAAGAAAGAGGAAGAUGUGAGAGAGCCUAUUAAAUAUGAAGCUACUGAAUACGAGCGUCACGCAUACGAAACAUUCGAAGCUGCGAUAAUGAAUGUAUAAAGUAUUAAUUGAAAAAAUCGGUAAGUCAUAGAGGCACAAUUGCCAAUUGUCGAGCUAUUUGCUCUGUUUUGAUUUCUAAUUUUCAAGAAAAAGGCAUAAUAAUUAUAUACAU